AUGUCUAUCAUCUUCAAUGCCCUGCCUCUCCCACCGCCUAUCUCUGAAUUCGGCGAGCCCUUCUAUCGCUCAGCUGAGCAGGCUAUUGAGGCUAUCAACAUGCAUGCCCAGCCCCAGGGCUUCGCAGUUUCGAAGCGAGGCUCCCAGCCUAAUCGUAUCCAACUACGAUGCGCCCGAAGUAGGGUCUACGAUCCCCGAAAAACCACCCAACGCCGAUCGACUACCCAAUCAACCCAAUGCCCAUACCGUGCCACCAUCCACCUACGUCCCGAUACCGAUACUAUAAGCAAUCACGGACUUUGGGAUAUCUAG